AUGGCGAGGAAGUUCACCUGCCUCGUCGAGGAGCAUCUCGUUGACAAGGAGACUCGGAAUUGGAUCAUCCCGGAUUUCACUACGACUACUGACAACGACAUCGCUGUCGCAAGCAUAACGAUGAUGGCAACAAUGCAGGCCUACUUCGAGAGCGACUGGAUAAAGAUGCGCCAGCGCCUGGACCAACUUCUGCAAUAUGGCGAGCAGCCCACUGAGUGGGCUAAGUUCCUGGUACCCGUUUUCGAUUGGUUCAAUGCGACAUUCGAUCGACCCGAUGACGAGGGCCUCAAGAGCUUCUGGCUGACUGUGUGCCAUGCCGAUCAUGGCGGAAGCGGACAGCCGGACGUUUUCUCCGGAUGGAAGACAGCUUUCGCAUUUUAG